AUGCGGCCGGACGGCGUGGGCAACACCCGCAGCGGUGAGACCAUCCGCGUGCUGCUCAGUCGCCUGCACAGUUGCCCCCCCAACGCAACAUACAAAAAGAGUGUGGCGGCAUAUUCCCCGCUGCAAGAGCAGAAGCGGCAGCCACACUCUGCGGUUACCGCGCCACCCAGUGAGCCCACACAAUAUUCCUUCCUCUUUAAUGCUGCACGCCAGUCACGCAUUGCCGCUGUCUGCUGCUUCUCCCCACCCUCGCCUAUCCCCGCUACUCAUGUCGCUGCUCCACCCUGGCACUGCGCAGCUGCUGUGCCUCCCACUACCAGCACCGGCGUGCGAAUUUGCCCUCCACCGCACCCAGACGCCCCCUACAGCGAGCCCUAA